UCCCCACCCACCCCCGCCACCUCCCCGCUCCUCGCCGGCCACCCAGCAAACAAACCCUAGCCCCAGGCCCCCCUCCUCCGGCCACCUCCCCGCAUUUCCGGCAGAUCCGCCGUCGGCCGCCCAGAUCCGCCCAUGCGCCUCCCGCUCCUCCUCCUCGCCCUGCUCGCCGCGGCGGCGUCGGCGCCGGCCGCCGCGGCGACGCUCUCGACGAGGAUGGUGCACCGGCUCUCCGACGAGGCGCGUGUGGCGGCGGGGCCCCACGGGGCGGCGCGGUGGCCGCCGCACGGGAGCGGGGGCUACUACCGCGCGCUGGUGCGGAGCGACCUCCAGCGGCAGAAGCGCAAGCACCAGCUCCUCUCCGUCUCGGAAGCCGGCGGCAUCUUCUCCCCCGGCAACGAUUGCGGCUGGUUGUAUUACACAUGGGUGGAUGUCGGGACGCCGAACACUUCCUUUAUGGUCGCAUUGGAUACUGGAAGUGAUCUGUUCUGGGUACCCUGUGAUUGUAUCGAGUGUGCUCCAUUGGCUGGCUACCGUGAAACUUUGGAUAGAGAUCUCGGGAUUUACAAACCAGCUGAAUCAACAACGAGUCGGCAUUUGCCCUGCAGCCAUGAGCUUUGCUCAUCAGGUUCAGGCUGUUCAAGCCCAAAGCAGCCUUGCCCAUACAGCACUGACUAUCUUCAAGAAAACACAACCAGCUCAGGUUUACUAAUUGAGGAUGUUCUACACUUGAACUCCAGAGAGAGCCAUGCACCAGUGAAGGCUUCAGUCAUUAUAGGUUGUGGUAGGAAGCAAAGUGGUAGCUAUUUGGAUGGUAUUGCACCAGAUGGACUUCUUGGCCUUGGGAUGGCAGAUAUCUCAGUUCCUAGCUUCCUUGCAAGAGCUGGAUUAGUUCGAAAUUCCUUUUCGAUGUGUUUCAAGGAAUAUUCUGGGAGAAUUUUCUUUGGUGAUCAAGGAGUGUCUACCCAACAGUCGACGCCAUUUGUUCCUUUAUAUGGCAAAUUUCAAACUUAUGCUGUUAAUGUCGACAAAUCUUGUGUUGGCCACAAAUGUUUUGAGGGUACUAACUUCGAGGCCAUAGUUGAUAGUGGAACAUCAUUCACAGCUCUUCCCCUGAAUGUUUACAAGGCUGUCACUGUCGAGUUUGACAAACAAGUUAAUGCCUCAAGAAUAACCCAGGAAGAUGAUUCUUUUGAAUACUGCUACAGUGCCAGUCCUCUGGAGAUGCCUGACGUGCCAACUGUAACUCUUAAUUUAUCUGCAAACAAGAGCUUUCAGGUCGUUAAUCCUACAAUUGUACGCAAGAACGGAGAGGUGGUAAGGCGACCUAAGGCGAGCACCAACAGCCUUACGCCUAAGCGCCAAAAGCGGGCAUGAUGUCAAGGUGCUGACAGGGUGCCUUGCUGCCUAAGCGUCCAAAGGCGGGACUCCUUAUAAAAAAUGUUCCCAAGAACAAGUUAUUAUGCGCAAAUCGACUCCAUUUGUAUUUUUCUCUUCUUUCUUAAAGAGCUAGCUCCAGUUAUCUCCCUUACAUAACCGAUAUAGUAUACUGCAUUCAAAUGCUCCUUCCUGUGUGUUCUCCCACAGUUUAUUGAUUAAACAAAUAUAGUUGGUGCGUAAAAUGGCUCAACUGCGAAAACAAGAUACUGUACUAGAAUGAUUUCUAUAGUUUGGCGCUUGCUAGGCUCAUCUAUUAAAAGUUGUUAUAGUGUAAUGUGGAGUUUGCAUGUGUGGUGCGAACUUGAACCUGUCAUCAAUUGUUUCUAUGCUCAUUGCACAAUGUUAUUAGAUUUUAGUAAAAACAAAGUCAAGGUAAACUAUGAGAGUACCAUUAGUGAUGCCAUUUAUCUUUUGACAGCUGAGCCCUUCUGUAAUGUGCUCACAGCGCAUAAACUUACUGCCUGAUUUGUUGUAACAUAUACAUAUGAUACAAAACCCACAUGUUUGUACACAAAAGGCAGAUGUGUCAUUUUGAGAGAAAAAUAUAUAUUUGUCAUUAUGAAAUAGA